AUGGGCCCCUGCUGAUUUCCAAUUAAUGAAAAGCAUUAAUGGCUUCUUCUAAAAAAUGGGCAGCCUUAAUUUCUACCAUUGCUUCUUCUUUCUACUUCUUUCUCAUUUUCUUCCAAGUCCCUCUUUUCAGGGUACAAUGUAGAAGUGGAAUUUGCACGACACCUAUAGAAGUGACAUCUUCUCAGUUGAUUGCUAAUGAAGUCUUUCCUGAAUCUGUUAUUAAGGCUCUUCUUUAUCCAGGGGCGUUUGCGAAAGCUAUCCUGAAGAGUUCAACCAUUCCUAGCUACAACAAAUUGCUCAACUUGUAUCAGCUCACCAAUCUCAACAAUGCCUCUGUUGCAACCGAUCUCCAGCGCCUAGAGGUUCAUAUUCUUGCAGGAAGCUACUUGUCUGUGGCAGGAGCCCUUUUAUGUCUUGUAAGAGCAGGGAGAAUUGGCCUGUUUGGGACACUUAUUACAUUAUGGGGCCUUGUAAAAGAAGUUAUCAGUCUCAAAAAACAUGAUGACAUAAUUCCCACAAAAGUUGUUUAUAUCUACCCAACUAUGUUAAUGGCUGUGCUUUGUGCUUUCUUGUCUAUAAGAAGAGAUUUAAGAAAAAUAAUUCGGUGUUGUAGAGCUAGCAGGGCUGUUGCAAAAUCUGAGAAAUCAAAAGCAAAAGAUACAUAGGUUGAGGCUGCCAAAAAACAUGAUUGCUGUAAGUAGCCAAGUGUUACACCAACAAUUGGAUACAUGGAAGGAAACACUUAAAACAGAAAAAUGUUUUGAGAUAGUUUAAUGUUGUAUGUAAGCAUUAAUUUUAGAUUCAAAGUUAAUUGGAGCCAUAUUACCUUUGUAGAACAUUUGUAUUUCUAGGCUUGUGUCGGUUCUCUUGAUUCUUUAUGAAAAUUUUUGUGUAGUUGAUUCCAUAUAGCAAUUCCUUUGUAUAUGAGUUGGUUUAGCGAGUGGAGAAAAUGCAUGUAUUA